CUAAGUAGUAUACAUCAAAGUAGGUUACCCAUCAUGGCGGAUAUUGAGAAGAAAGCUUUGUAUGAAAUGGCGUCUUCUCAGUUAAAUUCUAACCAUACGAAUGCUAAAAACACACCAGGUAUGGCUAGAGACGAACGGAAGGAUAGCAAUCAUACUGAAGAGAUUAAUCCCGAUAUUGGAGAUCAUUUUCUAGUGCAACGAUCGGACAAUUCUUGGCAUGUUGCGGAAAUAAUUCAAACAAGACUUACUGAUGUUGGCGGUAAGGAAUUCUAUGUUCACUACGACGGUUUCAAUCGUCGUUUAGAUGAAUGGGUGGAAUUAGACAAGUUUGAUUUGUCUCAUAAAAUUGACGACCAGCAAAGUAAGGUGAAAGAUCUUACGAUUAACCUGACUGAUUUGAGCGACGGGACCGAUCGAAAGAUCACGAGAAAUCAGAAAAGAAAGCAUGAUGAGAUCAACCAUGUCCAGAAAACGUACGCAGAAAUGGACCCAACAACGGCGGCUUUAGAAAAGGAACACGAAGCAAUCACGAAAGUGAAAUAUAUCGAUAAAGUUCAAAUUGGGAAAUAUGAAAUCGAUGCCUGGUACUUUUCACCUUACCCAGAAGAGUAUGGAAAGCAGUCAAAAUUAUGGAUUUGUGAAUACUGUUUGAAAUAUAUGCGUCUUGAGAAAACAUACCGAUACCAUCAAACCCAGUGCACGUGGCGCUAUCCUCCUGGAAAGGAAAUCUACAGAAAAGGCACAGUGUCGUUGUUUGAGGUUGACGGAAAAGAUGCCAAAAUCUACUGCCAGAACCUUUGCCUUCUUGCUAAGAUGUUUCUUGAUCACAAAACUCUGUAUUUUGAUGUAGAACCCUUCCUUUUCUACAUCUUGACAGAAGUUGAUCGACAAGGGUGUCAUCUUGUGGGAUACUUCUCCAAAGAAAAAGAAUCUCCUGAUGGUAACAAUGUUGCCUGUAUACUCACCCUUCCACCAUUCCAACGGAAAGGGUAUGGAAAGUUUCUGAUUGCUUUCAGCUAUGAGUUGUCAAAACUGGAAGGGACAGUUGGUUCACCGGAAAAGCCCCUGUCAGAUCUUGGAAAGUUGAGUUACCGAAGUUACUGGUCAUGGGUAUUGUUGGAGAUUUUGCGAGAUUUCCGUGGAACCCUUUCAAUUCGUGACUUGAGUCGCAUGACAAGCAUCACCCAGAAUGACAUUAUCAGCACAUUGCAGUCACUCAACAUGGUGAAGUACUGGAAAGGGCAGCAUGUGAUUUGUGUGACACCCAAGCUAGUAGAAGAGCAUUUAAAGAGUGCCCAGUACAAACGUCCUCCGAUUACAAUAGAAGCACCAUGUUUACGUUGGGAACCUCCCCGUAAAAUUGCUAAAGUUGCCAAAAAGUGAACAUAAUCAAUAAAUCAUGAUAAAGCUCAGUUGUGUAAGAAUUGAGUAAAUGAAUUGAUGUAGAUAUUUAUGUUAGAGUUUCAAUUUCUCUUAUUGGACACUGGCAGAUUCACGAAAGACAGAAUAGAGAAUGGAUCUUGUGCCUUUUUGAGAAUUACACUAUUCAAAUCUUCUGGACAACUGAAUAUUAUCAAGAGGCUAUUAAAAAUGUUCUCUUUGGUUCUCCAGAUUGUUACAUGUUUAUUGACAGUCCAAUAAUCCUGUGGUAUUUGUAACAAUUUAUAGAAUGACUGAUGUUAUCAUCUAAAAAUGUUAACUGUGUUUAUGAUGUUAAUGCAUGAUUCAUCAGUUUUAUUGUUUGAAAUUGAUGUAAACAAUGUCAGUUUUGUCCAAGCAUGAUUAUUACAGUAAUCAUGGUAACAUUAACACGGCACAUUCAAAAUGUUCCAUAUUGAAAUUGUCAUGCUGUAGUUCUAUUAAUGUGGAAUAUUUGAACUACUAGCAUGGCUUCUAAAACAUUUUAGAUCAUGUCUUAAGGAGAGGUAUUAUCACAACACUGUGGGUUCAUGAUUUCUGUUUUGUUUUGUUACAAAUAAGAUUAAAUAAAUAUGUAUAAAAUGUC